UCCGAGGGUUGAUUCCGCACCGUGAAACAGUUCAUGCUCGUUCGCGUGCCGGAACGGUUGUGACUCGCACGGUGCUCGUCGUACAAUAAUAGCCCUAGGCUGGUUGGUUCAUAAUUCGGGGUGGCGCUCGCACACGGCUGCAGCUCUACGCAAAGGCCCCUGAGGGAGUAUCGUCCGCGUAACAGGAUCUCGGUACGUCCUUUACAGCCCCGGAAGCGAACCGCGUUGUUCGAUGUUCGCUCGUGGAGGCGCAUCGUAAGCACCGUGGGCCAGCCGCACGGCAGAGCAUUUACACGGUUGUGGUCGAGAAGCUGCGGCAUCGAGGAUCGGUCGUCAAUCGGUCGUCCUGUCUGCCUGCGCACGGAGAUCGCGUUUUAAGUGUUGAGCGUACGCACCUGAGCGCGAUUGCGGUAUCGGGCGCGUCGGCCUUGCCAAGGUUGUUCGUGAUGCUUACGUCGAGUGUCAGUGCACGAGGUAGCUAAAAUAGCGUAAGAAAAAGAUCAAAGUGUCGAGCCUGACCGGGGCAGCCAGCUAUACUAACCCGGUCAAUCACUGCGCGCAUCCCGCAUCGUGCUGGGGCAGAAGAUUCAAGAGCACGCUCGUGAGUGAAACGUGUCGCAAUCUGGUUCAGGCAUAUGGAUCCAAAGCCGCGGAAGUUGGUACCGUCGUGUGUGCAACGUUGUCAAAUUCGACGUUUUCGUGGUGUUGGUUAUUAUCGCCCCGAUCGCGCGGGAUCGAGCGCACAGGUGUAUGCGUGAUUGCCGGUUGAAACAGUUUUAUCACGUGCGUUAGUGAUGUGUAUCGGGCGUUUGACAGCCCUAUCCAUUCAACUUGCUGCUGAUGCUGAUGCCGAGGAGCUUCGACGAGAGUGCCAAAAAGUGCGGAAAGAUCCUUUCAUCCCAUAUCUCACUGAAAAACAUGCAGUACACAUUACAGAACAUGCGAUUAGUGUUGAUCUAAAAUGAGCGAGCAUAACUUUGCAUUCUAGCUGUGAUUGCUUCAUAUUUGGUAAUGUUAUGAAAUUAUUUACCAUUGAACAACUACAGCUAGCUUAUUAGAAGCAGAAAGCAUUCGCCAUUGCAAGCUAUACUGGAUGUCGGCAAUUUAGCUUCAGCAACAGUUGCUUAGAUUUGGAAGCUACACCAACCGUACAAGGGAGCAGAAUCGACAAUCGGAUAAUAUUAAGUGAUGCAAAUGACGAAAGGCCAGCAAAAGUGUUAUCUACCUACGACGAGCAGUGUAAGGGCGGUAUUAAACCAUCCGUCUCAGCUGGUGACAAAGUGUAAAGUUCUUUGUGGCUGUUUGUGCUCAACCGGGUUAAGCGACCCGUGACCCAUUUCGACGCUACAGGGCAUUGUUUUGUCGUGUCUGGUUUUGGUAUCGAAUUAUAGUCCGUUCAGUGAUCAAUGCAGUGAUUGGUGCAGUGAUCAAGCGGUGUCGUUUUGUGACGCCUCCCGGAAUCAAAAGAAAAGCGUGUGCGUUUUGUGUGCGCGGUUGCAUUUCGUGUGUGCAGGCUGCCGGUGAAGUGCUUAGUGUUGAUAUCGAAGUUGUGUGCUAAGUUGGCGUAAAACUUCACGCUGUGAAAUUUUGCGCUUUAAUAGGCUUCUGUUUGGCUGCAAUAUUCGACAGCAUUUGCAGUAGUAGUUAUGACCACCGGAUGGUAUCCAUCCCGCAGGAAGAUCUGCUUCCUGAUAUCGGGAUGCAUGGCAAUCUUGAUAAUAUUGCUACUAUUAACGCUUUGUCUCGUAUCGUACAGAUCAGAACCUUCCGAAAGCUGGCAAAGUCCAAGCUCGACGAUCCCUCAUCUGUGGAAAACCACAACAGAAUCUAUGGGGCAAAGUCACGUGUUAUUGGAUCAUAGAGUUGAUGUAUUAGUGCCGUCUGAGCAUGUUCCACCAUUCGAAACACCACCAAACGAUACGUCGCCGGGUGGGAAUGGGACAUCUAAAGGAAAAGAAGCUGCAGUGAGAGAAUCGACCUUGCGAGUAGCUAUAGUCAAUGAUGACAGCGGGAGCAGUAGGAUAGUACCAUCAGUAUCUGAUGGCCACAUUAGUACCAAUAGUAUUAUUAGCAAUAACAUAGAUAAUGGCGAUGUGAUGCAGGCGCAUGAAGUAAAUAACGAUACGGAAUUUGCGUACAUUACCAAAAUAGCGCGGCCCUUGCAUCAAGAUGAUCUGUUAUACGAAUCCAAAACAGCUCAUGAUGUCGCCCGUGAUGCCACUGGUGCUUUUCGAAGUAGAUCGUCAAAAAUCUGGGAUCCUCAUCCAGAGUACGAGCUGAACGUAUUUGGGAUCAGAAUGCAUAUUAAAUUAUCGCAUGACGGAGAAUUUAUUCAUAAGGAUAUGAAGGUGACUCAUUUUUUUCCAAACGAAACUUUACGCAAGCCCGAGGAUCACGAAGAAAGUAGGUGGCUUCAAGGUUGCUAUUACAAGGGCAGUGUUGUAGGUGAUGCACAAUCAAACGUUCGAGUGUCGUUAUGUGAAGGAAUGCAAGGACACAUUAAAACCACCAACGCAUCCUUUCUAAUACAACCGGCGGACAAUGCAUCGAACAGUGAUGCACGUAUUCUACACCGCAUCCAACGGCUCAUGACCGACAAAACCAGUUCCGGAAACGAUGGACGAACGCUAGUCGAUGGCCCGAUCACACCGGCGCAGGAUUGUGCUGUUCGAACAGAUCAUGAAGCUGCUGAUCGGUCAUUAGGUUCAGAACCAACGGAUAACAAUUAUUUCAGUCGGCAUAGUCGAAGACGGCGCAGCCCGGAACAUUUCGCCAACAACGAUUACACGGUCGAGGUGCUGGUGGUGGUCGAUAACCAAAUGCAGCGAUAUCACGAAACAAACCUGAAAACCUACGUUCUAACGCUGAUGUCCAUUGUUUCCAGUGUGUAUGCUGACGCUAGCAUAGGAUCUUCGAUGAAAAUAGCGGUGACCCAUAUAUCUUACAUUCAUCACGACCUUGAUGCACAAACGACCGCCGCGAAGAAGGGCCUAGAAGGGGUGUCUGCUUCCGAUAUGCUGCAAGAUUUUUGCCGGUUUAAGCAAUCGACAAACAUCCAUCAUGACGUUGCACUGUUACUGACCCGUGAACAAAUCUGUCGCAAUCCGGCCGAGAACAACUGCGACACGCUCGGGCUGGCAGAGCUGGGCACGAUCUGCCGGGAUACGGCGUGCGCCAUCGUGCAGGAUAACGGGCUGUCGGCAUCUUUUACCAUCGCUCAUGAACUUGGCCACGUCUUAGGAAUGCCUCACGAUGACGACCACCGGUGUCAACGGUAUCGGGGCGACUCAUCCGGAAACAAUCGUAUUAUGUCACGUACGAUCGACCAUAACACACAUCCAUGGCAGUGGUCUAAUUGUUCGCGACAGAUUCUUAGCGAGUACUUUGAAAAACAUCCAGAUAACUGCAUGCUGAACCACCCUUCGCUUGAUCUGAUGACGUCCGGCAGUAUGGACUCGAUGCUGGCGGGAGAAAAGUUCACCAACGACAAGCAGUGCGAGCUGGUGUUUGGCAAUGGAUCCAAAAUCUGCUCCUACAUGCCGCCGUGCGCACGGCUUUGGUGCAGCUGGGAGAACGAGAUGUCCGGCUGCAAAACGCAACACAUGCCCUGGGCGGACGGUACCGAGUGUCAGGAGGGACACUGGUGCCAGAAAGGCCAGUGUGUACCGAUCGACCGGACAGCGCUGAAACCGCAGAACGGUGGCUGGAGUGCGUGGAGUUCAUUCAACGAAUGCUCGCGGACCUGCGGUGGCGGCAUACAGGCGCGCACCCGCGAGUGCGACUCGCCCAAGCCAAAAAACGGGGGCAAAUUCUGCACCGGAUUACGCAUCGAGUAUCGGCCCUGUAACACGCAGCCCUGCCCGAGCUGGCGGUAUAACUUCCGCGAAGAGCAGUGCCACGAGAUGGACGGCCAGAACUUUGACGUACCUUCGCUGGAGCCGAAUGUACGAUGGACGCCUAAGUAUGGCACACCGGUGGCGGACCAGUGCAAGCUGCUGUGCCGCGUGCAGGACAAGAGUCUGUACUUUAUGCUGAAGGAAAAGGUGAUUGAUGGCACACCGUGCACGUUUCCCGAGGACAGCUUCGAUAUGUGCAUUAAUGGGCAGUGUCGCAAGGCGGGAUGCGAUUAUGUGCUCAACUCGGACGCCAAGCUCGACCAAUGCGGUGUGUGCAGAGGGGACAACUCUACCUGCCGGCCGGUCACCGGACGCCUUAAUUUAGGCAAGGGUGUCGUACGCAGGGUGUCGUCCGACGGCCCAAUGGAGUUCCGCAUACCGGAAGGAGCCACCAGCAUUAACAUCAUUAACACGGGCUACAUGAAGGAUGCAUGCUAUUUGAGUGUAAUGAGCGGCAACGAAAUCAUCUUUAACGACCCGAAACAUCUCACACCGCACACGAGCAGGCAUCGAUUGUUUGCUGGCGUGCGACUAGAAUACACUGUCACCAGUUCCGAAGAACGCAUCACAUCCACCUUUGGGCGACCGCUCAAGGAAAAGCUAACGGUGCGAGUUAUCCACAAAAAGCACGUCGAGCUACACAAAGGCUUCGUAGACUACAGCUACAUGGUUCCAGUACACCCGUUCGGAAAUACGCUCUCCAACGCGAUAUAUUCGAAAGUCGAACCUGAUCCCUACGAUCAUCCUCACCAUACGCAUCAUUCGCACUACAGUGGCAACAGUGUCCACCGGUUGCAGCCCACGGUUGCGCCGACGCCGGAAUCACCCUACCGAUGGGAGUUGGCGCCGUGGACGGAGUGCGACCAGCAGUGCACGGGUAAGAAGCGUCGUACGGCCAUCUGUGUCGACGCCGAGGCGCAGCAGCAAGUGUCGCCGGACUAUUGCAACCAAUCGGUCAAACCGCAGGACGAGUUCGAGUCAUGCAACACGGAAUGUCAUUUCUACUGGGAGCCCGGCCGUACGGAAUGUUCCAGUGCGUGCGGGGAGGGCACCAAGAAGAUCGAGUACAAAUGCGUCCGAUCGUACUCGCAGACGCAACGCAAGGAGCACGUGGACGAUGCAAUGUGCUACGGCUCGACGAAACCGGUCAACAUCCGGGAAACGUGCAUGGGUCCCUGCAUGAACGCGACCUGGCUGUACUCGCAAUGGAAUAAGUGCUCCUGCUCCGAUCGUACUCAGAACCGUACCGCCAAGUGUCUCUCCGAACCGAACGGAUUUCCGAUCCAAGAUGCGUACUGUGAAUUCAGGGAGCAAAAGAUUACUGUACGAUCUUGCGAUGCGGACCAGGCGGAUUGCGCGAGAUGGGUUAAAGGAGAACUUACCCCGUGUUCCGUUACCUGUGGCGAAGGCCAACGUGCGUACGCUCUGCAAUGUAUGCUUAAAAAUGUAAGCGUCAAUGCUGCCUUGUGCGGGGCCCGUCCUGCACCGGACGUAAUGACCUGUACCAUGCCGCCCUGCGAUCAAAAGCCAAUGCCUAACACCCAAUACUCAUCCUUUCGGAACGACGUACAGCCAAACCAGAGCAUGAAAAAUGUCAACUACCAACCGACUCCAGAGCCAAGCCCUGUGCCGCGCGGGCAGUGGCGUGCCUAUAGCUAUUCCAACUGCAGUGCCGAAUGUGACGGCGGUUUUAAAAAGCGCCUGGUGCGCUGCCUGUCCGAAACGGGCCAGACAUUGGAUGAGCGGUACUGUCCCCAUCCCAAGCCGGUGACUCAGAUCAAUUGCGCCAACGUUCGCUGUCCUUCCUGGAACUUCGGUACCUGGAGCAAGUGUAAUGACGAAUGCAUACGCUCCCGUCAGGUCCUGUGUCAGGAUCACCGUGGCAAAGAAAGCGACCAAUGCUCGACCGAAUUGAAACCGCCCGCUGUGGAAUCGUGUUGUAGCUUUAAAUGGAGAGUCACCUGCGCCGGAUCUUGCGAUGCCGAGGGUCGCCGCAAGCCGAAUGUCAUCUGCAAGCGGCUGUAUCCCAAGUCGAUCGACAAUCCGCAUCCGCUCAGAACUGGGCGCAAAGUCGACCCGAAGUACUGUGCCAACGCUAGAAUGCCGACGCCAGCCAAGCUGAAGAAAAAGUGUAGCAAACCGUGCCCGUUCCGCUGGGUUCCCGGGAACUGGUCUGAGUGUUCGGUUGGGUGCGGCACCGGUAGAACAGUGCGAAAUGUGACCUGCACCAAUGGCCGUACGAUCAUGCCGAAAGCCUGCAACGCGAUGCUGAAACCCCCGAAUACGAAGGUCUGCGAAGCGCUCACUCACUGCCGCUGGAGAAUUUCGAAGCCGAACAAAUGCAACUGUAAGGGUAAGCAGAAUCGCACCGUUAAGUGCUACGACGAAAAGAUGAAGGUCGAGUCGAACCGCUGCUCGGAAAGCACACGGCCGAGCAAGACUGCAUCCUGCCAGAAACCACCGGGAUGCCGCACAGCGUUGCGCAACCGUCAUCACGAACCCGUCUACCGCAAUUGCAACGAUGCGCGGCGCAAGCAUAAAACGGACGGCGAGUACAUGAUGCACGUCAAUGGGACGAAGGCUAAGAUCUACUGCCACGGUAUGGCGACGGACACGCCGACCGAAUAUCUCUCCCUGCCCGCCGGUCCCACGGAAAACUAUGCCAUCUACAUCAAUCGACGAGCGGCCGAUGCGAACAAGUGUGAAAACUCGCAACGCGAUUGGGCGGACUCGAGCAUUAGCUACGGUGCGACGCAUUACCGCAAGAUCCGGAUCAACGUGUCGACGCUGCAGGUGCACACGAACGACUUCCGGUUCACGAACAGCUCCGGCAAGAAGCAACCGUUCGGAUCGGCCGGUGACUGCUACAGCAAUACGGGCCGUUGUCCGCAGGGUGAUUUUGCGAUCAAUCUCAAGGGCACACCGUUUCGCAUUCGACCCCACACUUCGUGGGAAAAGUCUGGUGUCCACGCGGUCAUAAAGUUCCUGGUGCCGCUGCAACCGCCGUAUCAAAAGGUUCGGGCACUUUGUGGUGGCUACUGUGGGAGUUGCUCUGUGUCACGACGUACCAAUCUGUAUCUGGAGCUAAUGUAGAACGCACCGCUGAGGAGCUAGGGAGCCAUCCUACGACCUCAAGGACGAGAGUUUCGAAACCCAUGACCUUACAGUGUUAGUGUUUAAGGACUGGUGUUUUCAGCGAUCACGACCAUACCACCAAUAUCCAACGAUCUUCCGUGUUAUCUGUGUGCUAGUGGCCGUCUCUUUCCUGCGGUGGAUGUACCAAGCAAGCCACGUCUAGCGGUAGAGCACGUCCCGUUCCCGCUCUUGUACCGUCCGUAACGUGGAGCGUAGUUCGCACACACACAUUUAUUUUAUAUGGAACUAUUUGCUUGUGUAUAUGUGUGAACGUGUGUAUUCGUGUUUGCGUGUGAGUGUGUGUGUGUGCUUCUAAAAUUUCCUCUCUCCCAUUAACGUAACAGCUUCGAGCUAACGAUGCCUUGAACAUGUGCCAAAACGAACACGAAACACGUCCAACUGGUCAGCGGUCAUAGUGCAUCAGCUGUGCUCUUGGGCAGUUGGUCUGAACCGAUUCCCGGUCGUUCCAACUGGCCAGGACCGAGAAACGGUUCCACCGAGAACCGCCCACUAGUGCCAGCAGUCGAUCGCGCGACAGCGAAUUUAAGUUCUGUUUUAAGGACCCAUUGUCUGUCCACUGACUAACAAACACAAGCAGCAAAGUAGAAUCUGCUAGUGUGAAUACCGCUACACCGGAAAGAUCGGUUCUCCACUAACCACUUAGCUUAGCUUAAUAGUAGUCUCGUUUCAUCCUAACCUCUCUCGGCGUCAUUUAUUCUGAUUGAGGCGUUUCACUGCCUCAUCAACCUAUUGCCAUACAUUUAUCAAUAUGCUGGUCGGACCACGUUAGCUUCUAUCUUCACGUUCAUUAGACCGACCUUUGACCUUUCGAUCGAUUCGGUGCAAUAUUAAACAUUCAAAAGUGUAAACGGCUUUUUUAGUGGACUAUUACGUUCCUUUUCAUUCCCUGUAAAACUGUAAAAACAACAAAGAAGAAAAGUCAUAAAAAAAGUCAUAAAACCCUGAAAAUUACUAAAAACUGGCAAAGAAAAUAUUCGUGCAUGAAAGAGAGCAAAACAUUACUUCAAAAUCUCUCUAACCCUAAUGGCAUAAUAAAUGAGAACUUUUAAAAUGUUCUCGCUGUUGAGUCUGUUGUGUUUGAAAAUGAAUGAGUCGAUUAGAAUAUUUAAUACAAAACAUAAGCACCGGUCGAAUCGAAUCUCCCAUAAGCAAUUAUACCCGAAAAUACUCAAUAGUGAUAAACAAAAAUAAAAUAACAGUCAAACCAAACCACCCUAAACGGGUGAAGAAAAUUAUUUACGUUAACUAUUUAGUAAAAUUGAUGAUAAACGUACUCAGAUUUGAUUUGUAAAGAAAGCAACGUGAAGCUUGUAUUUCAGACCCCACUCUGUACAACCACGGAUGCACGAAUCUCAAGUGGCAGAUUACUGCCAUCCUAUGUUUGGUGUAGUAUUACGAGCCCACUGCCAAAAUCGAACUUCCGAUCAAAGCCGGUCAAAUCUGUUCUUCUUUUUUCUUAUAACAAAACAAAAAAAAUUAAGAAAAAAAGCAAUCUUUACUAGUAGCUCUACCUACUUACAAUACCGUACGAAACUGCCUUGCUACACAUAAAGCUUAUUGUAAUGAGGUGCACCAAUGCGUGUAGUCAAUGUAUUUACUAGUAACAAAUUGAUGUGUUUAUUUCUUUUCUCUCGCUAAAAGAAAAACAAUGGAUGAAAACUGCCAUAUUAUUGUUAACGAAGCGCAACUUCCUUUUGGAAAAGAAUGAUCCGAUACUACGAUCCUUACAAAUCGCUGCGCGAAGUAUCAGGAUGUGUACGAAACGAUCACGAACCUAUCGAAUGAACCCGGCAGCCCGGAUUCUCUUCACCUGUAGUUGGUAUAGGUAAUGUGUUUUUAUAACGAUUUUUAUAUAGUUAAGGAUGCACAGAAAAUGUAUAAAAUGCAACUGCAACACAAAAAAUCACAAAGUCGAACAGUUUAUCGAUCCCGAUCGAUGUUUCCUGUAAUGUUGUAUUGCGAUUGAAUUGCUAAGCGUAAGCCUCAAGCUAUCCACGAUGUUCGCAAGUAUUAGGGGUGAUGUGACGAUAGAUUUGUAACGUUCAAUAUUCAGAGUGUUUUCUCCACAUCCCUCAAGGCGAAACAAUCAGUUUAAGAACUUGUUAUCUGGUUAUUAUUAUUUUCUUCUUACUUUGGCAUAACGACCUGCGUCUUUAAGCCAAGUUUCAUAGGCUUUAUUAUGCCACCUAAUCGGAUGGGUUUUCCUUGCUAUAUCAGGACGACCUGAAUGAGAAUCAAUCGAUGGGAAGGCCUGACUUUAUUGUAUUCGUAUAAUUAAUCUCUUGCAAUAGCCGUUAGGAUAUAUUGUAUACUAAACCAAUCAAACUUAUUUAUUGAAACUGCCACAGAAACUUAAACAAAGCACAAAUAUCGAAGGAUAAAUCAAGAAGCGAGAGAUAGAGCGAUUGAGAGAGAGAAAGAUGUAUACCACAGUAGGACAAUUAAAAUCGAACACUACCUAUGAUGAUGGAACCAUAAGCGCCCAAGCAACCACAAUCGCAUUAUAGAUUUCGUUUAUUUCAGGUAGCUCGUAUCUAUUACAGCGAGUACUGUUCUUUUUUUUUUUGUUAAAACUCGUUUGCCCUGAUUUCGAUUUAUGGCACUUUCUAUUUUAUAGUUCUCUUCAUUGUGUACAUAAAUCAUAAUGUUCAAACCAUUUGAAACUCCAUUGAAAAGCACACAACACAUAACGUGCAAAUGGAAUGCCCGACCACUGCUUGCUGGCUUGCGAAAUUACAUUCUAAUUUGUAAUUGCGAUUACUCAUUAAACAAUUAUUUUACUAGUAGGCAUUAUGUAACUAUAACUAUAAUAUUAUUAUUUACCUUACCUUCUAUGAUACGGACGCAUAAUAAAAAAAACCUCUGGAGCGAACCAUUUGGGCACGCCGUAAAUUGAAA